CUCUUGUCAGCACAUGCAUUCCACUUUCCACUACAAAUUCGACUUUGGACCCCAAAUUUUACCUCACCUACAAGAAAGGCAUUAGCCCACCUUCCAUAUAUUUCACACCCUCUUCUUUCUCUCUUUAUCCACGCACUAAUAUAUCACAAUCAAAAGCUAAGCUCUCAUAUCAAUACUUGGAACAUUACUAGCCUAGCCUAGAUACAUCAUAUAGACUAUACCACUUUCAAACCCUAAAACCCUUCAAAUUCUUACUCAUCUUUCUCCACCCAUGAAACUAAAAUCAGUUUCAAGAAAUCUUUCUUGAUCUAGCAUACCCUAUAUUAGUUCUCCUUCUCUUUUUAAUUUCAAGACUUGAUUUUCUAUCAUAUUAGAAAAUGAGAGCAGGAGGUUGCACAGUGCAACAAGCACUAACCACAGAGGCAGCAACGGUCGUAAAACAAGCUGUAACUUUGGCUAGACGGCGAGGCCAUGCCCAAGUUACUCCUCUUCAUGUAGCUAACACCAUGCUUUCUUCUUCUACUGGUUUAUUAAGAACAGCUUGUCUCCAAUCUCACUCUCAUCCUCUUCAGUGCAAAGCCUUAGAGCUCUGUUUCAACGUUGCGCUUAAUCGUCUUCCAGCAUCAACGUCAAGCCCUGUGUUAGGUACUCACGCUCAACAAUACCCUUCAAUCUCUAAUGCCUUAGUUGCAGCUUUCAAGCGUGCUCAAGCUCAUCAACGACGAGGCUCGAUCGAGAAUCAGCAGCAACCUCUCUUAGCUGUGAAAAUAGAGCUAGAGCAGCUUAUAAUAUCCAUUUUAGAUGAUCCUAGUGUUAGUAGAGUGAUGAGAGAAGCUGGUUUCUCAAGUACUCAAGUGAAAAGCAACGUUGAGCAAGCUGUUUCUUUAGAAAUAUGUUCUCAAAACAGUGCUCCUGUAAGUAGUAGCAAGUCUAAAGAAAGCAAUAACAAUAAUAGUGUUUUAGCACUUUCUCAUACUCAAGUAGGAGCUAGAACAAGCUGUAGAUCAUCACCAACAACCAGUACUACUUCUUUAGAUCCAAUUAGGAAGGAGGAUGUGAUGAGUGUUAUAGAGAAUUUAAUAAAUAAAAGAAAAAGAAGUGUUGUGAUUGUAGGGGAGUGUCUUGUUAGUUUAGAAGGUGUUGUUAAAGGAGUUAUGGACAAGGUUAUUAAAGGAGAUGUUCCUGAAGCUUUAAAAGAAGUUAAGUUUAUAUCAUUUCCAUUAUCUUCUCUAGGUCAUCUCUCUUCUAGAGUAGAGGUAGACCAAAAGCUUGAAGAGCUUAAAGUUCAUAUUAGAAGCUAUUUGAGCAAAGGGGUUGUUUUGAAUUUAGGGGAUCUUAAGUGGGUUGUCGAGUAUAGGGCUAAUAACUUGAGUCCAAUGGAGCAUAUGAUCAUGGAGAUUGGCAAGUUAGCUAGUGGAAUCAGUGAGAACAAUGGGAAAUUUUGGCUAACGGGAAUUGCAACUUUCCAAACUUACAUGAAGUGCAAAUCGGGAAAUCCAUCACUUGAGACUGUUUGGGGUCUUCAUGCUCUUACAAUUCCAGCAGGCAGCUUACGCUUAAGUCUCAUCACCGACAGUGAUGUACAAAGUCAGUCCACAAGUAAUAAAGUUGGUCAAGAUGGGUCUAGAUGUUGGAUUAUGCUUGAAGGUGAAGAAGAGAAGCAACUUACUUGCUGUGUUGAUUGUACAUCAAAGUUUGAGAAUGAGGCUAGAAGCUUACAAAGUAGCACUUCUAAUAGUGACUCCACAACCACUUCUACCCUUCCUGCAUGGCUUCAACAAUACAAAAAUGAGAACCAGGGCGUUAAUAACAAUAAUGAUCAGGAUUGUGUCUCGAUCAAAGAUCUUUGCAAAAAGUGGAACUCUAUUUGCAGUUCGAUCCACCAAAAACCCUAUUCUUCUGAGAAAACCAUUACAUUUUCUUCUGUAUCACCUUCUUCUUUUACUUCUAGCUUCUCAUAUGACCACCAAUACCCUAAUUUUCAUCACACCUAUCAUCAACGCGACUGGCCAGUGGUUGAAUCCAAGCAAUCAUGGAGAGACCACCACUUCUGGGUUGGUUCAGAAACUGUCAACAAGAUUAACAGCUGUAUCAGUAUUGAACCCAGUUUGAGAAUGUACAUCCCAGAGCAUAAUAGAGAUCAAUAUCCCAAACCAACAAUACCAUUUUCAUCGAAUCCGAAUUCUACUCCUAACUCAACUUCUUCCAGUGAUGUUAUGGAAAUGGAGCAUCUUAACAAGUUCAAAGAAAUGAAUGCUGAAAACCUGAAAAUCUUAUGCAAUGCAUUGGAGAAAAAGGUUACAUGGCAGAAAGAUAUAAUCCCUGACAUCGCGAGCACAAUCUUGCAAUGCAGAUCAGGCAUGGUAAGAAGAAAAGGGAAGGUGACGAGAAACAGUAGUACCGAGCAAGCUAAAGAAGAAACUUGGUUAUUGUUUCAAGGAGUUGAUGUGGAAGCUAAAGAAAAGAUAGCUAAAGAAUUGGCUAAGCUAAUCUUCGGCUCGCAGAAUAACUUCAUUUCAAUUUCUUUAAGCAGUUUUUCAUCUACAAGAGCAGACUCAACGGAAGACUGUAGAAACAAAAGAUCAAGAGAUGAACAAAGUUGCAGUUAUAUAGAAAGAUUUGCUGAAGCUGUAUCAAGCAAUCCACAUAGGGUUUUUUUGGUGGAAGACGUUGAGCAAGCAGAUUAUUGCUCGCAAGUUGGUUUCAAAAGAGCAAUAGAAAGAGGAAGAAUAACAAAUGUUAAGGGUGAAGAAGUUGGUCUUAGUGAUGCCAUUAUCAUUUUGAGCUGUGAAAGUUUCAGUUCAAGAUCAAGAGCUUGUUCUCCUCCUGUCAAGCAAAAAACAGAUGACUAUAUUAUUUCUCAAGAUCAAGAAGAAGAGAAAGGUCAAGGUGCUAAAAUGGAGGAGUCAAGUCCCUGUGUAUCACUUGAUCUGAAUAUAUCCAUUGAUGAUGACAGUAUUGAGGAUCGGUCAAUCGAUGAUAUUGGUCUUCUUGAAUCUGUUGAUAGACGAAUUGUUUUCAAAAUCCAAGAGCUACGAUUCAUGUCAUAAGUGUUUUUGAUCUUAGUUAUUUUUCUUUUUUUUUUUUUCAAAAAUGUUAUUUAAUUAGUUUUUAGAAUGUCAUAUAUAGAAUUUCUAGGGCUGGAGAUGAACGAAGUUUGCUUCUUUUUGUGUAAAAUCACAUUGUAAAUUAUUAUCUUCAUCUAAUACCUUUGUUCUUUUUAA